GUAAAACAGAACUGCAGGUUGUACAAUACCGCCAUCGUGCGGCGUAAUGAAAAACAGCACCUCACCCUAUUGGCUGAGACACGCGUGUCGUCACUUCCUGCGUAUGACUUUCCCCGGGAAGGCUGUUUGGCGCGAGCUGCUUUGUUGUGUUUGUUGCGUCUGUCGCUACACCGGGUAGCUGUUAGUUUAACACGCAGUUUAAAGAUAAAACCGUAAAUUCAUGGCUCCGGUAUCAAACCCAGAUAAAGAUAUGGACGUUCUGGACGGUGAUGACCAAGGAGAUUCUGGCGGUCUGGCCAAGUCUCGCUCCAGACGGGAGAAGAGGGAGAAGGUGGGGAGGAAGUCUGCACUGGAGGAGAUCAAGAAAGCCAAGAUGGGUCAGAAGAUCAAGUAUGAG